CGUACAUGGUUUUGUCGUGUCGAGUAUAUUGAUACAACCCAUCAAGCAGUUGAUUGUGAUAAGUUGGAAGGAUGCACGCGGUUUUUUCUCUUACAAACUAAUCUCCAACACAAUAUCUCUGUUCUCAAAGCGGAAGAUAUGAACAACAAUCGUUUUGAAUGCAACGUGAAAUGCAGCAAUCGGGAAGCCUGCCAAGUGAAUGUGUUCAUUCUUAUUCUGAAUCUAUCCAACAACAGUCCUUUUAAAAUUACUUCAUUUUCUACAGGCAUCGAAAUGCAAAUCACGAACGCAUUGAUGGCACUUGUGUUGCUGAUGUCUAUUCUAGGAUGCUCGGCUCAUCGAUAUUCCAACGAGAAAGCAUUCAUUAACCUGUCUGGACAAUCAGAAAAGGUCAAAGGUUUGAUUCUCCUCCGACAAAGCAAUUUUCGGGUUAGACUGGACGGUUGGAUCAUGGGUUUAUCGCCCGGUAAGCACGGAUUCCACCUCCACACUUCAGGUGACGUGUUCAGCAAUGGAUGCAAUUCGACUGGUCCGCAUUACAAUCCGCGAAUGGCGCCUCAUGGAUCACCACAAAACGCCCCUAAUCAGCGUCACGUUGGUGACUUGGGUAAUAUUGUUGCCAAUCAACAGGGAAUAGCUUUGAUCAAAAUCUUCGACCAUGUUAUUUCACUGAGUGGACCGGAAUCUGUCAUCGGAAGGGCUAUCGUCGUUCACGCCGCCGAGGAUAACCUCACUGCUACCGCCAAUUCCGGUGCUAGAAUUGCUUGCGGGGUCAUAAAAAAAUAUAGUCGCAAAAUGUACUAACAAUCACUUAUGCUUGCAAUGAUAUACAGUGCUUUGUUUCAUGUGCGUUAUGAAAUUGUGCUUGAUUUUGUUGAAAUACACAUUUUUCCUUAUCAAGUCGACUGAAAAGGAUGACUUGCAAAAUCCAAA